AUCCCGUUCACAAUCGAAUACAAACCCCGUCUCCUCCUCCUCCUCCCCCCCUCGCCGACGGGAGCCCAGAUCUCUUCCUCCGCCGCGCCAGGACGAGCUCAGCCCCCUCGUGAAUGGUGGGAACCCACACGACCUCCGCCUCCCCCUCCUCGCCGCAGCAGACGGAGAGGGACUCCUCCGCCUCCUUCCGCUGCUUCGGCGCCUGCAUGCAGGGCUGGUACCACCGCUGCAUCGGCCUCGACCCCUGAGCGGCCUCCCUCCUUCCCGUCGGCGACCCGACACACAUUUUUCGAUCCCCCCCGCCCGCGUUAUUUUGAUCUCCAGUUUUUUCCUUGCCGAGAAAGAAUUCAACAGAAAAGAAAAGAGAGGAACAAGCGAAUUUUGAUUGAUAGGUUUCGUUUGGUUUGAUUGAAUUGUCCGUCGCUAUGGCUGUCGCUGUGCCCUCGACGCUGCCGAUGAAGCUUAGGAGGGUUGAGCCCCGUGGCAAGGCCGCUGCGGCAGGGGUGGCGCGCGUGCUGGUGACGGUCACCGUGCUCGGGAGCGCCGGGCCGCUCCGCUUCCUGGUCGACGAGGGCGAGUCGGUCAACGGGCUCAUCCGCUCCGCGCUCCGAUUCUACGCCCGAGAGGGCCGCAUGCCGCUGCUCGGCGCCGACGCUGCCAACUUCCUUCUCUACACCGCCAAUGGCAGAUCCGACGCUCUCAAGUCCGAUGAGAGGAUCAGCUUCAAUGGAUGCAGGAGCUUCAUGCUAUGGCAGAAGACUGUCGCCGACAAGAAUGGGUCUGAGCCAGUGGUGGCUACCACGGUUAAUUCUAGCCCAGGCAGAAAGGGGAUCGGCGGCUGGAAAUUUGGCCUAAACAAGAUCCUUCUCAACUUCAGCUUCAAGGUGUGACCCAUCGAUGAGUUUGAAACUAAUAAAUAUUUGAAACUAAUAAAUGCGAUUCGGCGAAUCGAUUGUAAUCGGCUGUCAAUUUUACUGAAUUUGGAAGUCUGUUGCUUCUGCAUUGUCUUUUUUUGUUUGUUUGGUUCAGUUGCUGUUCCAUCGUCCUCUACAUGAAUGAAUGAAUGAAUGAGAUUAUAAGUUUUAUUCAUGCA